CGUUCCGAAGAUAUUGCUUCUAUUUUUGAACGUGCUAUCAAACGUGAACAACAAUAUGAACAAAAUCGUAUGAAUACACGAUGUGUUGUUUUCUUAGAUGAAGCCUCAUUACCUAAUGAAAAGAAAAUGGUCUUAAAAGUAUUACAUCCUUAUUUAGACGAAUGUAAAGUAGCAUUUGUGGCAAUUGCUAAUAAAGCAUUUGAUGCAGCUAAUGCUAAUCGAAUGAUUUGUAUUUAUCGUUCAUUACCAUCUGAAGAUGAUCAAAAAAUUUUAGCCUAUGGUUGUUUGGGUUUACAAUUAGAAAAACGACAAUCAACUAUUGAUGAUCGUCUUGAUAAGAUAAUUCAUGGUUUAUGUCAUGGUUAUCGACGAAUACUUUAUUCAUUAGAUAUUCCUCAUAUAUUUCAUGAUCGUGAUUUUAUCUAUAUGUUAAGAGAAUUACGAUUUGAAUUAAUAAAUUUAAAUCAAAACGAAAAAACAACUAUUGGAGAAAUAACACCACGAAGUUUAUUACGAGCAUUAGAAGAUAAUUUUAAUGGAAUUCGAAUGGAAGAAUUUGAUAAAUUAGUUGAUAUAUUUGCUACAGCUGUUGGAGAACAAUGUUCUGAUUUUCGAACAUUAAUCACCGAAAAACAACAUAUUCAACGUAAUAUUCCAACAAUUCUAUGUAAUUCAAUGAAAUUAGAUCCAAUACAUCGUCGUCUUUAUGGUAGAUAUAAAUUAAUAAUUGAUGAAUCUGAAAAUGAAAGUGCUGUUCAUCUUCUAUUUCAAUUUGGUAUUCUUAAUUCUGAUCCAAAUCGAACGACUGUUUUUCGUAUGUCUGAUUUUCCUGAUGAUAUCAAUAAUGAAUUACGAAAUGUUGAAAUUUUAUCAAAUAUUAAAUUAUGUAUGGAAACAGGUAAAACUAUUUUAAUGAUUAAUACAGGUCGUAUUCAUGAUUCAUUAUAUGAUGUUUUUAAUCAAAAUUUUUCUAUAAUGGCUACUGAAGAAAGUAGAAAAAUAUUUUCUAAAGUAUCUAUUGGUCCAAAAACAAUCGAUGUUAUUGUACAUGAAAAUUUUCAAUGUAUUGUUCAUAUUAAACGAAGUGAAUUUAAAGAUAUUCCAGCACCAUUUUUAAGUCGUUUUCAAAAAUAUUCUUUAAGUAUAGAAGAUUUUUAUACAAUUCAAUUAAAAGAAAUUUCUAUUGAAGAACAAAAUCUUAUGAAAAAUAUUAAAAUAAAAAUUCAAUCAUUUAUUAAUCAUUUUGGAAAAGAAUAUUUCUAUGGAUUUAAUAAUGAAACAUUAUAUUCAUAUCUUUUAUUAUUUAUUAAAAAAAAUCAACAAAAUAAUUAUUAUUUAUCAAAUAUUCAUGAAAAUUAUAAUCAAUUAACAAUAAAAUCAAAAAUAUUUAUUGAAAAAAAUUUAAAUAAUAAACAACAAUCUCUUCUUUUUAUUAUUCUUUCAAAAUUUUUACAAUUAGUUUCACCUGAAUCAAUGAUUUAUAAAUUACCAACAUUUAAUGAAACUACUGCUCAAUUAUUAUGUGAAAAUUAUUUUUAUCAACAAGAACAUUUUAAUAUUGAAAAUUUUCUUUAUCGAUUUAUUUCUAAUCCAUUAUUAACUAUUGAUAAUAAUGAAUUAUUAACUAUAAAUAAUACUAUUGAUCAAAAUAUCAAUAAUAAUAAUAAUAAUAUUAUUAUUACAAGAAAAUUAAUGAUAUUUACUCGAACAUCAUCAUUUGUUAUUAGUCUAAAUCAACAAUCAAAAAAUGAUUUAUUUUAUCAAAAUGAUGAAAAUGAUAUGAUGAUGAACAUUAGUGAAAAAAUCGAUAUUCUAAAUCUAGCAAUUAUUGAAAAUUCAAAUGAAUUAUUUGAACAAUUUCAAACUUUUGAACAAUCAAAUGAAAAAUCUAUUCUUAUCAUUGUUAUUGAUGGUCGUAUUAAUCAACAACGUAUACAUAUACCAUUUAUUCGACAAUUAAUUGAUAAAACUGAUAUUUCUUGUAAUAAAUCAUUGAAAAAUUUAUCAAAAUUUUUUAUUAUUCUAAUAUAUUCAUCUGGACAAGAAGUUAAUUAUAAAUCAUGUUUUCCUUCAAUAUUUUUACAUGAUUGGGAUUAUUGGUUUGUUGAUACAUCAACACCAGGUAGUGCAUUUCAUUUACAAAAAAUUUUACAAAUUUUUACUUCAAAAAUUGGAAAAUUUCAUCAACAAGAAACAUCAAAUAAUUAUCUUUAUGAUUUAAAUAAACUUUUUGAUGAUUGUCUAUGGAAUUUUUGUUCUCGUUUACAAAUAAAUAUACAUAAAUUAUCACGAAAUUUAUUUAAUAGUUUUGAUGCUUAUGAAUUUUAUCAACAUCAAACAACUACUUAUCGACGUGUACAAUGUUUGAAAAAUAUUUUUCAACAAAUUAAUCAAUUACAAAAACAUAUUAUAACAAUUUAUCAUGAAAAUAUUUUAAUGAAAGAAGAAUUUUUAAGAAAAAAUUGUAAUAGAAUUUAUGAUAUUUCAAAAGAUAUUUUAUGUGGAAAAUAUUUUAUUAGUUUAGUUGAUUCUUUACAAUUACAUAUACGAAUAUCAUUUAUAAAUUUUAUUUCAUUUAUUUUAAAAUAUAUUGUUGAUGAUUAUGGAUUAGAAUCUUUAACUAAAUUAUCAAAUAAAAAUAAUGAUUAUAAUAAAUUACUUGAUUUAAUUGAUUAUUCAUCAUUUCCUAUUAAUUAUGAAAAUCAAAUUGAUUCAAUAAUACAAGAAAUAAUAAUUUUAAAUGAUCAUUAUUCUUGUAUACUUCAAACACCAUUAUUUUAUUUAUGUCGACAACGAAUUAAAAAUAUUGCAGAUGAUAUCAAAUUUAAAUUGAUUCAUCAACAAAAUCAAUUUAAUGAACAAGUAGAUAAUCUUCAUUUCGAUUAUUAUGAUGGUUCAAUAUCAACAUCACCAAUAAUAUAUAAUAAUUUCUAUAAUGAUCAAGAUAGAACAGCUAAUAUACAAGAACAAUAUCGUAAUCAAUUGAUUCGAUCGCUUAUGAAUGAUAAAAUCUUAACUAGAGUUAUUUCAUCAUCAAUUCUUCAAUCAUAUAUUAAUGAUUCUAUUCGAAUUCUUUGUACAAUUAUUGAAAAGAAUUUUCAUGAUAAUCAAAUACAAUGUGAAAAAACAAUUGAUUUUGUAUCACGUUGGUUAAUAUUAAUUGAUGAUGAUGAUGAUGAUGAAAAAGCUUCAUACAAUUCUUCAUUAAAUCGUAAUAUUUGGCAACUUGCUCAUAUUUAUACAUUAUUUGAAUAUGAACAAAAUGAUAUUCUUUCAUUCUAUUCUGCUUGUCGAAUAAUAGAAAAUCUUAAUCAAAAUCAAUCAUUUUAUAAUGAUCUUUUCGAAGAUGAAGAUAUUACUCGUUCAAAAGUUCGAGAAAAUUUAUUUCGAUUAAUGUUUUAUCAUUUAUGGAAUAAACUUUAUGAUUUAUGUCAAACAAAUAAAGAUCUUAUACAAUGGAUACAUAGUUAUACAUUAAUUUCAAAAUAUUAUCCAUCUAAACAAGUUUUACAACGAAUGGAAUAUAUUCAUAUGAAAGUUAAAAUUGAAUUUAUGAAUUUAAUUUAUUUUAUUUUACUCAAUGAAAAAAUAUUAGAACCUAUUAAACUUAUUCAACAAUUAUUAAAUGAUACAUUAAUUAUACAAGAUAAUAUUGAUAAUCAUUAUAUUAAUUUAGAUGAAAUAAAUUGUUUACAAUUAUUAACUAUAAUUAUUCAAAUAAUUGAUCAAUAUUUUAAAAAGAAUCAUAUUAAUAAUAGUAUAUUAAUGAUUGAUAUUCAACAAUGGAUUAUUUCAAUAUUAAAAACAUCGAUUCAAUCAUCAUAUCAACAAAUUAUUUUUCUAUUAAAAUUUUUAAAUCAAUCAACAUGUUAUUUAUCAUUAUCAAUGAAACAAUUUCUUUUUGAUGAAUUAAUUAAUAUUUUAAUUGAAAAUAAUCAACAAAAUCAUUUGAAUAUUUAUCGACAAUUUACUAGUUUUUGGGAUCGUCUUUAUCUUUUAUCAAUAAUAAUAGAAUGUAUAACUAAUGAAAAUCUUGAAAAUUAUCAAAUACCAUAUCAUCCAUCUAUUAUUAUAAAUAAAAA